AAUCUAAUGCAGACAGCUAAGCGGGAGGCCGGUUCGUAGGGAGACUGCUGCUAAAAAUUCUCUUCGCUUCUCUUCUCUGGGACGAACGAGGGCGGCCGCGAGAUCGAGAAGAUUCCGGCGACGCGAAUGGCUCCGACGAAGGAAAGCGUAAGCGAAGAGAUCCCCGCGGCCUCCUCUCUCGGGGACGCCCUGCUGUACGCCACGAUGUGCAUCGUUGGCCUCCCCGUCGAAGUCCAGGUCAAGGACGGAUCCCUCUACUCCGGAGUCUUGCACACCGCCUGCUUCGACAGAGACCACGGUAUUGUGUUGAAGAAAGCGACGAAAAUAGGGAAAGGGAAGUGUCGCGCAAACUUAGCAUUAGGAGAUUGUGUGGAUACUCUCAUUGUGCUUUCGUCUGAUCUGGUUCAAGUAGUCGUAAGGGGUUUUGUACUUCCAGCUGAUGAAGGUGUUGUUGAUCAUGUCGUUGGCAAAAGUACAGAGUCAGUGAAUCAAGUUGAGUCCCGUUCUUGUAGUAGGGAAAUAGAAAGGGAAGAAAACGGAUCGAUAUUUCAGGACUCUGCUUCAAGACAGGUCACAGAGUCCCGAGCUGAUGGAGACAAAGAGGACAAUUCAAUUGUUGAGGUGGCAAAUGGAGCUCCAUCUUUGAGUCCUAACUCAAACAUCAAGGGAAGAAAUAGCCAUCUUGCUUCUCUACCUGACCAGCUAUCUUCUCAAGAAAUUGAAGUUCCCAAAGCAUUGACCUCAUCAGAUACUAGUACUUCAGUCUGUUCUACUUCUUCCACUUCAAUAUUCGAUAUUACAGCCAAUUCAUAUGCUACUGGAUUAGUAACAUCUAAUACAACAAUCCCAAAGAAAAUCAAAGGUGAAAGUAUUAUUGCCAAGGAAUCAAAGCUCAAUCCAGAUGCAAAAGUUUUUACACCAACAGCCACAAAUUAUAGACAAGUAGCAGCUCCAGUGCCCAGAUUUGUAAGCCCAAGUCAAAUGUCAAAUAGCCUUUCUGUAGUGCCUACUAUUGGUGCACAAUUAGGACAUGAGGUGGAAUCUUUUGCAAGUCGUUUCACAGUACCAAGUAAAGUGGUUCCAUACAAUAACCUAAUUGCUGCUCAAGCUGGAAAUGGAACUCAUUACGCUCGCCCGAUUGUGGGGCACAGUAGUAUUCGCCAACUUCCAGUUCGUGUCAAUGGCCAAUAUCAUCCUCUUCAAGCAGGACAUCAUGUGUACUUGAAUCCACAUUCCCAAAUGGUACCUGCUGGGCCACUAAAUCAGCCUGUGUAUGUACAUCCAGUAUCCCAGGAGCCAAUUCAAGGAACACCAUUCAUGCCACAAGGGCAUCCUCGGCCUCAUCCCCCUCAAGCAAAUAUACUCAAGUUUCAAGGUACAGCAGCACAGCCUAUACAGCUGCCUAUGGCUCCCCCCAUAAUGGCUGGUGAGAACCAAACACUUGUGGCACCGAUGCAUGUUCCAUUCGCCCAGCCCUAUGCCGUUCCCCAACCCGUACUGAUCUCCGAUGUCAACGGUUAUAUUUUCCGAUGAACCCUUCAGAUCUCUUUAGCCGGAUCUUGGAGUCUGCUCUCAAUUUUGUUGAAUUAGUUUGAUUUCCUCAGCCAUGGUAAAUAAUGAUGCAGAGUAGAAGAUGAUAUCAUUUGGCCUCUUGAACUUGAUGAUAUGAUCAGGGAAUUUUUUUUAGGAACUUCAAAUGUCUUUUAUUGUCAAAAGAAGAAAGUGAAUUACAUGUUCGAGUCCUUUAGUUCUGGUUUAUUCUCUUUAAUUUGAUAAGAAUUUUUUUUAUAGAGAGAUGGAAUUGUGUAUUUAAAACAGGGCAGAGAGAAAUAUAUGCAUGUCUUAGUCCAAAUUAUUGAUGAGCAAUUUUAGAGCAUUCAGUUCAUGAAAUAAAA